AUGGCUGUAGAAAAAUCUCUAGAAGUCGACUUUCGAGAUCUUGCUCAUGAUCCUCGUAUUGUACCAGGUAAUACUUUAACUUAUUUAAGGACAAUUCAAGGUUUUUAUAAAGAAAUAUUGGACUAUCCUGUCAAAUAUUAUCAAAGUAGUGCACAACAAUUAAUUCGUCAAAUACUAUACAAAUAUGAUGAAACCUAUAGUACAUUAGCUGAAUUAUAUGGUAGCGAACAUCGUCUCAUUUAUAAUGAAAUAUCAAUUAAAAUAUACACAUUUCAGUCAUGUAUAUACGUCCAGUUAAAUAAUGCAUUAAGAAAUGAUGAAAAAGAAGUUUUAUUAUUAUUUUCUCCACAUAUAUAUAUAUAG